UUCCGCUAUAGUCACUGGCGAGGCUUUUCAGCUGGUUAGCCAAACAUCCACAGAAAAUGAUAUGAGCAGGAAAACGAGACGAAGAAAAUAAGAACAGUUUAUUCCAAGCCAGACGAAUAUCGACAGAAAUAUAAUCUCUUUAGGUGGUACGUUGAAAUUUCGGCACUUCCGUGUUCCAAACACCUGGGGGCCAAAGCUUCACCUGGUGUUCUGACAGUGGACAAGUACAGAGGUCCAGCAUUUACACGAUCACAUGCUCUAAAGCCAACUAAGACUUAUGGCAAUAAAUCACACGCCUAAAGUUUUUAGUUGUACCUAAAUAUCAGAUGCAAGAAAGGGUAACCUCUGAAAUAUUUUUCUACCUCUGAGCACUUUCUGCUGUCAAAGUCUGUUCUGAGGUUGGGUGCAUGGGUGUUGUGCUGACAGCAGGCUGUUGUCAUGGUGGACUGGUUUGUCUGAGCCUGAAGCUAGCGUGGCUUCCCAGUUUCAUAUAGCAUGUUAGCAUAUGGCUAGCCGCGUAUGGUGACUGAUCAGGCCAUUAUACUCUUCCCCUCCAUCACCAUCUCUGGCCCCCUUCAAGGGGGUAUAAACUAGUUGGUAGUGGUGCCCCCUCACCCAGUCAUCUUUUCAUUUCUCUUUCAUUUAGUCAUCUAUCCACCCCACCCCAAAAUCAUCAGCUUUUGCUUUCUUUCACUCUCAUCAGCACUCAUCACUUCUUGGUUUCUUGGUUCUAGCUCGUUCUAACUCAGCUCCAGUUCUUUUUGAUAGCCACUUCUUUUCUUUGAAUUCAUCUCGCAUCUGUCCCACUUCAGCUUAAGGCCCCCCCAGCUCAAGUUCAACUAAACCCUGCCCAGUUUAAGUUGCAUUUUGGCCCAGCCUAGACCACCUUCACGUCUAACAGCAGAGCUGCUAGGCAAUUGUUUUGGUAGUUGUUUUGGUUGCAUGGAAUCGGCUUAACCGUGGAGAGACCAGGCUACCACAAACUGAUGGACUUUGACAAGCGAGGAGUAGGGGGAGGAGGAGGUGGAGGAGGAGGAGGUGGUGGAGGUGGAGGAGGGAAGGCAGAGACAGAGGAGGGGAAAAGGAUGCCUGGGAAGACAGGGAGUCGAUCAGGUGGCCGGGGGGCCAGCUCCAACUCCGGGGUUCUGAUGGUCGGACCAAACUUCCGCGUCGGAAAGAAGAUCGGCUGUGGGAACUUUGGAGAGCUGCGACUUGGAAAGAACCUGUAUACCAAUGAAUACGUGGCUAUCAAACUGGAGCCUAUCAAGUCGCGGGCGCCACAGCUCCACCUAGAAUAUCGCUUCUACAAACAGCUGGGAAGUUCAGAGGGCGUACCACAGGUGUUUUACUUUGGACCAUGUGGUAAAUACAAUGCUAUGGUUCUGGAGCUACUGGGACCAAGCUUAGAAGAUCUGUUCGACCUCUGUGACCGGACCUUCUCUCUAAAGACUGUACUUAUGAUAGCCAUACAACUGAUAACCCGUAUGGAGUUUGUCCAUACCAGAAGCCUGAUCUAUCGAGACGUGAAGCCUGAAAACUUCCUGGUGGGCCGACCUGGCUCCAAACGGCAACACACCAUCCACAUCAUAGACUUUGGCUUGGCGAAAGAAUACAUAGACCCAGAGACCAAGAAACACAUCCCAUACAGAGAACACAAGAGUCUGACUGGAACUGCAAGAUAUAUGAGCAUCAAUACACAUCUGGGGAAAGAGCAAAGCAGGCGGGAUGACCUGGAAGCUCUGGGCCACAUGUUCAUGUACUUCCUGCGAGGCAGCCUACCCUGGCAGGGACUCAAGGCUGACACUCUGAAAGAACGUUAUCAGAAGAUAGGAGACACGAAGAGAGACACACCCAUAGAGGUCCUCUGUGAAAGCUUCCCAGAAGAGAUGGCCACCUACCUGCGGUACGUGCGUCGGCUGGACUUCUUCGAGAAGCCAGAUUACGACUAUCUGAGGAAACUAUUCACGGACCUCUUUGACAGAAACGGAUACAUCUUCGACUACCAGUACGACUGGACUGGAAAGCCACUGCCCACUCCUAUUGGUCCGGUGGCCAGUGAGACUCCACUUCAGACGAGCAACCGAGAGAAAGUGCCGCAGACCAAAAACCAGUCUCCAGAGGGGAAAGGCAGUGAGUCGCAGCCCACUCCAGUGACCAAUCGAGAGCUGCUGGGCUCCCAUCUCACUGCUGAUAGGCUGGGCGGGUCCGUCCAGGUGAUGAGUUCCACCAAUGGGGAGCUGAAUACAGACGACCCCACUGCAGGACACUCCAACGCACCAAUCACAGCCAAUGCAGAGGUGGAGGUGGCUGAUGAUACCAAGUGCUGCUGUUUCUUCAAGAGGAGGAAGAGGAAAGCUCUCCAGAGACACAAAUGA